AUAAUGACUUUGACCCUUCCAUAAUCUGAUUACUUUUCCAUUCUUUGCGAAAUACGCAAAAAGACACUGCCAGCUUCCGAACUCUCACAAGAUCGUCUUCUUCAAAUUUUCAACAUCUUGAAACCAAAGUUGAGGAAAAUGAUAGGGUUUGGGUCUUAUGGUAAUAAUGGAGGACCUUAUUCCUCACCACCGUCUUCCAACCUAUCUGCUUCAGCCCCGCCUUUUACCAUCGAUCGGUCACCUAACACUGGUUACAUGCCCCUUGUGGAUUUGCUUGAACAAUCAUCUAGAACUGGCACUUUGAAUAAUUCUUCUUCUCUGCACAAUUGGCUCCCUCCUCGCUCUCCCACUUCAGAAACCAACUUCUUUUCCGAUCCUAACUUGGAGCUCAAUUCUGUGGCCUCUCCAAAUAAUCCAUAUAAUUAUGCCUCUUUGAAUACCCAUUUGCCUCAUUUGAGCACAUCUGUCUCUGCUUCUGCGGAUGCAUUUAGUUAUGCUCAGUGUGGGGAUGGUGUGGCCAAACCAUACUACUUUUCAUUUUUGUCACCUCCAACUCAGAAAGAUGGUUCCUUGGUGGUUCCUGAUCAGACUAGUUAUGAUUGGUUAUCUUCUUCUUCUCAUGUUGCUGUCACGGCAUUGGACGGGUCCUCUAAUAAGGAUUACUCUCAAAGAUCGGGAGAUUCAAAGAAACCAGCCCAGUGGGGUGGUUUGUGGAAUGGAUUUUCGGAAUGGGAGCAGGGUAAUCAGGGACUCUUUGAUGGAAGUUUCUGCUGCUCAAAAGAAAGUGAUAUACCUGUUUCGUCCAUGUAUGAGAAUUUCAUGAACCAAGAAACUCAUAGUCCAAAAGGGUUGAACAGAGGUGAGGAAGCUAUGCGCUUGAACAGGGGCAAGGAAGCAUUUCAUGGCAUCAACAAUCUGGACUCAGACAAGCAUGGUGGAUCUGUGAAUGCAGAAAAUUUCAAUGAUAAAUCCUUCUCGGGGAAAACUUCGAAUUUUCUGCCAGCUGACUGUUCAAGAUCUUUCUUGGAAUCCCUUUCAGGAUUUCCAGAUUCCGGUCUUGAGUCACCAUGCUUUAUGAUUGGCACAAGUUCUGGCCAUCAAAUUCCUUAUGGUGCUUCUAAUGAGAAGCAUUUGAAACAGCAUGCUACUGAUAGUGCGAAGUCCUCUCCCACACCUGUCAUUGGGCCACCAGUUGCGGGUUCUGGUUUUUCACCAUCAAACAAUGCUCCAUUUAAAAUUGUGAAUUUAGGAAGUUGCAAAACUGAUGCUGAUAUGUGCAGCAAAAAAGCACCAAGCUUUAUCGAUGCUGAUGGAGUCAAGCCUGCUUUCGAUUCAAGCAAACUCAGCAUUCAUCUAGAUAUAGAUGAUCCUGCCUCUUUGGGAUCAUAUGUGACAAAAAAUGAAGAGAUGUUGAAUAAAGAAUGCAUCAGUAGUGAUACGUUGCAUCACGUGUUGAUACCAAAAUCUGGGCCCCAAACUUCUAACGUACCUCAUGAGGGCUUCAAAUUAGACCUUAAUACAAAUGAAAACAUCAAUUCUGUUGAAGAUUCCUCUGAGAAUGUUGAUCACUAUAACCAUGCUGUUGACUCACCAUGCUGGAAAGGAGUUCCUGCUACUCGUUCUUCUCCAUUUGAUGCGUCCGUUCCAGAAACGAAAAGGCAAGAAGUGUUCUCUAAUUCAAAUGUUCAAACAAAACAGAUCUUCCAACUCAAUACUGGUGAUAAAGUCUCCUCUCAGAAACGAAAUGACAACAUGAUGUGCCAUGAAUUUGGGAGUCCAGAAAAUGGUUUAGAAUUUCCAUUGAACACAUCUCCAGCUGCAAAGUCUACAUUUAGUGAUCGAAAAUCAGAUGAUAUUGUAAAGAUCGGCAGUGAUUUGGAAACUAAGGGGAUUCAACAUUCUAAUGACAUCCAUGAACAUGGAAGCAGGUCCACAGGCUGUUCUGACUUAAAAAGUUCCCUGAACGGAGAACAAAAUAUCCAAAGAAAUGGAUUGAUAUCUGAAAAUAUCAAUGAAGCAUUGCAAUGUGUUUCACCCCGUUUGCCUUUUCCUAUGGAGAACAUCAUAUCUUCAUCAGUAGAAGAUGCUUCUACUAAGCUUAACAAAUCAAAUGAAGGUCCGUCGAGUCCAACAAUUGAUGUGCCGGUGCUGGUUAGUACAAUACGUAACUUAUCAGAACUGCUGUUGUUCCAUUGUACAAGUGGCUCGUAUCAACUGAAACAAAAAGACCUUGAGACUAUCCAAAGUAUGAUAGACAAUCUUAGUGUGUGCGCAUCAAAGAAUUCUGAGAAGACGGUUUCUACACAAGACUCAACUUCUGAAAAAUACACUUCUGACUAUCUUGGAGACAAGAAUCACAAAGGUUUCACUUUGAACAAGCUCCAAGUAACCAAGACAGCAGGGCCAAUUCUGGAUCUGCUUGCCGAUCAGAAUGUUCACAAGGGAAACAAGUACUACGUGGCUGGUAAAGAAAAUGAUGAAUUGUUAGAUUCCGUCUCUGUGAGGGCUGAUGUAGACAUCGUUGAUGAAGAUAAAGCAAUCCAGGCUCUAAAGAAGGUUCUUACUGAUAACUUCGACUACGAGGAGGAAGCAUCCCCUCAAGCUCUCUUGUAUAAGAAUCUAUGGCUUGAGGCUGAAGCCGCUUUAUGCUCCAUGAGUUGCAAAGCCCGCUUUAACCGGGUGAAAUUAGAAAUGGAGAACCCCAAGUUGCCUAAAUCCAAAGAUGCACAUGGAAAUACCAUUACUACUGAGAUGGACAAAGUAUCAAGGUCUGAGGUUUCUCCAGAUCUAAAUGGUGCCAACACAUUGUCACCUAAGGCUAAGGGUUGUGCGACCACAAAAAGCCAAGAAUCUUCUGUCUUAAGCACAAACGCUGAAGAUGAUGAUGUCAUGGAUAGAUUUCAAAUUCUGAGGUGCCGGGCUAAGAAAUCGAAUUAUGGUAUUGUUGCCGAUAAGGAUAAACCAUCAAGCCCCAAGGUUUCUCCUCAUUCCAACAAGGUUGGCAAAAUACUACCUGAAGCAAAUGAAGAAACUGGUAGCUCAAAGCCUGAUAUCCGUAGACAGGCUUCUAGCAAUUCUAGCACAGACAAGCCCUCGAAUGAUUAUGAGGCUUCUGUUAUGGCCAGAUUUCAUAUCCUUAAAUCUCGAGGGGACAAUUGUAGUCCCUUGUCUACACAAGGACAGUUGGCAGAAAAUGUCGAUGGGUCGACAAUUGGCUCUAAAUCAGAGGUCGGAAGUUCAUGCGUAGAGCCAGAGCCUACUUUGCAGCAUCACGAUGCUGACAGUACUGAAGGACAACUAACUGGGGGCGAGUUUCCGAUGUUUAUUGAUUAUGAUUCAAUGUCACAAUCUCACAGGCCCAACAGGCGCGAGAACUCACUGCUUGCAGGUUGGUUCGAUAGGGUGUCAUCAGAGUGGGAACAUGUAGGGAAAGAGGAGCUUGGAUUGCAGAAUCGUUGAAGCUACUUCCGGGACUUGGAAAGUACAUCUGGGCUGGAUGUUCAAUACGCUGUGUCAUAUUUGCUUCACAUCCACCCUUAAACUGAACAACAUUUUAAAGUUUUAUGGUUAUCGUAUUCUUGUGCAUAUGAAUUGAACCUGUUUAUAUAUUCAGAACUUCGGUGUUUAAUCAUAA